UUCCUGAUGAAGUGGAAGUGGGAGUGUGACCAGCGUGGGUCUGUGGUGGCUAUAGUGGUGGUGUCGUUGUGAUGGCUGCGUCUGCUACCGCCACCGCCACGUCUCGGGCUGAUAAGGAGAGAUUCAUCUGCAUAUAUCCGGCAUAUCUGAAUAACAAGAAGACAAUAGCAGAAGGAAGAAAAAUACCUAUAGACAAAGCUGUUGAAAAUCCUACAUCUACAGAAAUCCAGGAUGUAUGUGCAGCAGUUGGAUUCAAUGUACUGUUAGAGAAAAAUAAAAUGUAUCCCAGAGAGUGGAACAGAGAUGUGCAGUACAGAGGUAGAGUACGAAUCCAGCUCAAACAAGAUGAUGGUAAUCCAUGUUUGCCUCAGUUUCCAACACGUAAGUCAGUGAUGCUGUAUGCUGCAGAAACUAUUCCCAAACUGAAAUCAAGAACCCAGAAGAUGGGAGGUAGUGAUCAAAGUCUUCAGCAAGGAGAAGGAGGCAAGAAAGGUAAAGGGAAGAAGAAGAAAUGAAGUCACAUUUGGAGUAAUUGUUACAUCAUAUAGUUGUAUUUACAACAAAGCUGGAUGGACACAUUACUUGCUGCAACUUCCAAGUAAUGGAUGAAAGCAAGAAAUAAACAGGUGAAGCUGAACGGAACUUUUCUGGGAACUGGAAUGCAUGUAGCUGCUUUGCAUCAAUGUAAAAAUAAACCUGUCUUGACACACAACCUGCAAGUCUGAAGCUAGCACCCGCUUUUAAAAGUGGAAGAACAUAAAGAAACGGGGUGGGAGGGAGAAUUAUUCUUUACAGAGGAAAUAUGCAGCUUUUGAUAAAUACAUGAAUACUCUUAUGCAGACUAGACACCUGAAGACUGAUUGCCUUAGUAAGCAAUUUAUCUCUGCUAGUGAAGUGAUUUUCUUAAUUAUGUAGAGUCUUUGUCACUAAGAGAAAAAUGUAAAUCAAUGAUGUUAUGCAUCUAUAAACUUCCCCUGAUAAUAAUUAUAGAAUCAUAGAAUCAUUUAGAUUGGAAAAAGACCCUUAAGAUCAUUGAGUUCAUCCGUUAACCCAGAACUGCCAAGUUCACAACUAAACCGUGACCCAAAGUGCCACAUUUACAAAUAAAUACGUGCAGGAAUGGCGACUCCUCCACUUCCCUGGGCAGCUUGUUCCAGUGUUUGACAACCCUUUUGGCAAAGAGAUUUCUCCUAAUAUCCAAUCUAAAAUUUACCAAUUUAAAACAGGCCCUCCUUCACAGCUGUCAAGUAUACCAAUAAAGGUGACGUAUUAAUUGUA